CUCCUGAUUGCAGGAAAUCGAAAAGUACGAUUUUAGGGUUGUUCCCAUUGGCACAACGUACGUAUGUACCAAAUUUCGUUCAAAUCCAUCCAGCAGUUCUUGAUUUGAUUAUGCGGACAAACAGAUAUGACCAGUCCGCUGCAUUCAUUUCAUGCACAUUGUGCAACGAACGCAAAAUAAUUAAGUUGUGAAGCCAGGCAGUGACAGUGUUUACAUGACACCAAGCGACUGUUUGGAAUUAGUUCAAGCAUUCAUUGUUGAGAUUUGGAUGUUCUCACAGCAGUGAUGUAGAUAUGGACCUGUAAGUUGUAACAUCAUGUGACCAUCUUACCUCCAUAUUCAUGGUGACAGGAGCAGUACAUUCCUCCAAAACAUUGGCAUCUACCAACAAAACCAUGGAAAUGAAAGGUUCAGGUGCUUACAAUUUCCAACACAACUUCACAAGCCGUGUUCCAUUGGCAGAACAGAUGCGCCCCUCAGAUUUUACACAUUUCUUUGGACAAGAACAUGUCCUUGGUCAGGACAAGGUCUUACGGACACUGUUAGAGAAGAGGGAUAUACCUAGCAUGAUUCUGUGGGGACCACCAGGAUGUGGGAAGACAACGCUUGCUCACAUCAUAGCAUACCAAUGCAAGAGAGAUAAUCAGGAAGCAAGGUUUGUCACAAUGUCUGCUACCAUGUCAGGUGUUAAUGAUGUCAAAGAUGUAGUGAAAAUUGCAAAAAAUGAGCUCGCAUCUUUCAAGAGGCGAACUAUUCUUUUUAUGGAUGAAAUUCAUCGCUUCAAUAAAUUACAACAGGACAUCUUUCUUCCUCAUGUUGAGAGUGGAACUAUCACAUUGAUCGGUGCCACUACAGAAAAUCCUUCUUUCAGCCUCAAUUCAGCACUUCUGAGCCGCUGUCGAGUAAUUGUUCUAGAGAAACUCAACACAGAACAUAUUGUUGCUAUUUUAGAGCGGGCCCUAAAAGUUAUUGGUGCUAAAACUGUGAAAGCAGGAGAAAAGAUUAAUUUUACUAAACCUGGUGACAAAAUACCAAGGGUGCUAAUAGAUGAAGCAACAGUGACAUGGCUGGCUGAGAUGUGUGAUGGUGAUGCCCGUGUGGCUUUGAACAGCCUACAGCUGGCCCUUCAAUCCCGAGACCAAGACUCAAACUCAGGAGUGAUCCUCAUUUCACUUGAUGAUAUCAAAGAUGGGGUGAAGCGCUCACACCUGCUGUAUGACAGGAAGGGGGAAGAGCAUUACAACAUUAUUUCAGCAAUGCACAAAUCAAUACGCGCUUCAGAUGAUAACGCAGCCCUUUAUUGGUUGACACGAAUGCUACAGGGGGGAGAGGACCCACUCUAUGUAGCACGGAGACUGGUCAGGGCUGCCAGUGAAGACAUUGGUCUGGCAGAUCCCAUGGCUCUCACAAUAGCAGUGUCAGCAAUGCAGGGUUGCCAGCUGAUUGGAAUGCCAGAGUGUGAUGUUCUGUUAGCACAGUGUGCUGUAUAUCUAGCACGUGCUCCAAAGUCUCGGGAGGUGGACAGUGCAUUAGCUCUAGCCAAGAAGUGUAUUGCAGAACAUAAAGGACCACUUCCUGGUGUUCCAUUACAUCUGCGGAAUGCCCCUACAAGUCUCAUGAAAGAUCUUGGAUACGGGAAAGGGUACAACAUGGCACACAAAGAUGUAACGCAUCUCACCUACAUGCCAAAAGGUCUAGAAAAUAUGGACUUCUUUGGUUCAUCAUCAAAUUAACUGCAAGGAAAGGACAUUAAUAUCAGGAGACAUGAGUUUGUUAGUAGUUUCAAGAGAAAGUUAUCACAUGUAAAGCCAAACUUAUAGAAUUGAAAUAUAAUUUUUUGCCCACAUCCAAAUACAGUAUUUGGAAGGGUACAGAACACUGAGAAUAUGCCCAUAUUUAUAAAAAAAAAUUAGAACUGAAUCAUGUGAACUGUAGAAACAACCAGCUGUGCAACUAUUCUCUUUCUCCCUGCUCAAACGAUUUUAUCGGUUUCAGCCAUCAAAGAACUCACUUUCAGAAAAUAAAUAGGGGUUAUGUAUAGAAUGUUUGUAAGAGGGCAUUAAAACAGGAAUAUUUCACAAAGUACAUAAAAUGAGUAUAUAAUGGAAGGGCAUGACCAUUUCUGUCCUGUUUCACCUCCAAAACUAGUCAACAGAUUUCAAAGUAAUUUGGUGAAGUCCACACAAUCACCAAAUUUUAUUUUGGCCCACAUCAGUCCGGCACAACUCUACUUUAAAUGAAGCUCAAAGCAAACUUUCUAAGGUUUAUGUCUUUUGAAAACAAUUUUAAUAUUGUGUACAUUAAUAAAAUACAGGAGAGAAUAAAUUCUCACUUUGUACCUGUAUACCUGAAAUAAAUAAAGUCCAGUGAGUUAUGCAAA